GCACGGACGCGCCGAGCGUCCCGGGUCUCCUUGAAACCGCGAGUAGACGAGGCGAGAGGAGACCGGGCCGGGCUGGGCCGGGCCGCUCGGACAGGUGCUGGCGCGCGCCCACCUGCGCCCUAUCGCCCACUGCCCAUCGCCCAUCGCGCCCUAGCUGAUGCGCGCCCGCUGCGCCGGAGGCCGUCGCCGCCCUUGCCGUGCUGUGCCAUGCCGUGCCGUGCCGUGCCGUGCCGUGCUGUGCCGUGCUGUGCCGAGUCGUGCCAAUAUUUUCCUAAAACCAUGCAGCAAGAGCAGACUGCCGCCGCCGCCGCCGAGGCCGCGGGGCCCUCGUUAGUAUGCGCCGGCGCCGCGGGGCGCGCUGUCUCGCGGCACGACAAAAGAGACGCGGGCCGCUGUGCAAUUGUCCGGGCGCGCAACAAUGUUGACCCUCCGCCAGCGAGACAAAUGGCGGUCGCACUGAGUUAUCGGGGCUCGUCGCUGCCGUGUCAACCCUGGCUGCGUCCCGCCGUCAAGGGCGCGAGGACGGUGGUAUUCAUCAUCCAGACAAAAGCACGAGCAGCGAUACCCGAGUAUAAUUUUCAUCUGCUUAGUUCUUCCCGUCAGAUUGACUCCCGCAAGAACCACAUAUUUGCCAUUUUUGCAUGGUAAAUUAAUGCGUGAAUCUUGCAUGCAACACGAAUUGGUGCCAGAAUUGGUUUUCGGUUAGCUAGCAAAACUGUGAUCCCACACGUCAGGUUUGUCCAUCGCGACUCCCUUAAUUAUUCACUUUGAAUGCCAACAACCGGCGGGUGCGAUGUAGUACCGACCGUUUUUGCUGAUUGUGGGUAUGCACGCGUCCAUCAGACGAAGACGGACAAUACAUCGAAGGCGGAUAUCGGAAAAAUAAGUAAACAAUGUUAUCUUAUUUAUUUUUGAAACUAAUUAUCUGUAAGUAAGUAUUUGGCAAAGUACGUCGAUUGUCCGACUUUGCCGACUAGUUAACGGUGUCCCUCGUGCCCCGGCCUAAUGCAAUUUCCACGCUUGGGGGUAAGAGAGACGUGUGGCGAACAUGACCUUCACCGUAACUAGCAUAAUUUGCCUUCCUGAACGAUUUUUCGUGUCACAGAUACAGAAACU